AUGGAAAGAAAUUUCUUUGGAGCCUUCAAGUUUCACACAACAACUGCUAAGUGUGACAAAGUGAAUCAGAAUCAACCAAAGGAAGGCAGAAUAUCAACCUCUAUAAAACCCAUGAACGUAUCAUAUUUGAACCCUACAACUGUAAACUUGAUUGGCAUUCCUGGGCUGCAGCAUGUGCAAUUUUGGAUUGGGUUUCCUUUCUUUGCUGUGUGCAUAGCAGCAAUUUUGGGAAACAUCAUUUUGCUCAUCGUCAUCCCUGCAGAGCGCAGCUUGCACCAGCCUAUGUACAUCUUCCUGGCUGUGCCAGCAGCCACUGACAUAGGACUCUGUGCAGCCAUCGCUCCCAAGAUGUUUGCCAUCUUCUGGUUCCAGUCUUUCUCCAUGGCCUUUGAUGCUUGCCUCACCCAGCUGUUCUUCAUCCAUGCUUUGCAGUGCAUGGAGUCCGGCAUUCUGUUGGCGAUGGCCUUUGACCGCUACGUUGCCAUCUGUGAUCCUCUGAGACACACGUCCAUCCUCACACCUUCCAUCCUGGGCCGUCUGAUGGCAGCGGUGGCCACCCGCGCCGUGGUGCUGGUUGGUCUGCUUCCCAUCCUCAUCAAAAGGCUGCAUGUGUUCCACUCUGUGCACAUUGCCCACUCUUACUGUGAGCACAUGGCCGUGGUCAAGCUGGCCGCAGAAGACGCCCGAGUCAACAAGAUCUGUGGUCUUUUUGUGGGAUUCAGCAUUCUGGGAUUUGACAUGAUUUGUAUCCUCAUCUCCUACUCCCUGAUUUUUCAGGCUGUUUUUCGUCUACAGCAAAAGGAAGCACGACUCAAAGCAUUCAAUACGUGCACAGCUCAUAUUUUUGUGUUUCUUGAAUUUUAUAUCCUUGCCUUCUUUUCCUUCUUCAGCCACCGUUUUGGGCAUGUUGCUCCCCCAACUCACAUUCUCCUGUCCACCAUCUACCUUCUGCUGCCGCCUGCUCUCAACCCUGUUGUCUAUGGGGUAAAAAAUGUGGUGAUUCGUAAGCGCGUGGCCCAGAUGUUUCUUCUGAAUUGUGGAUCCCAGCAGUGA